UUUUCUUAAACGUCAUCUAGGCCGAUAAACGUUUGGGGAAGGAUUUGUUCUGACUGAGUCAGGAAUCGUCUGCAGUCAGUUAUAGACAAGGAGCACAGGGAGCUACCAACUUAUUGUGAUCAAGAACAAUAGUUUCGUGGUGCCAGCUGGCCGCAGUGUCUGUGACAUAGGCAGGUAGUUUCAAUGUAUCAAAGGCUAAGAGAACUCAGAUCGCGGUGCAAAUGGACGCCAACGAUUUGUUUACAAGCUGCAGGAAGGGUGACAUUUCUAGAGUGAGGUAUCUAGUUGAACAGAGAGAUGUGGAACUUAACGUUCGUGACAAAUGGGACAGUACUCCAUUGUACUAUGCAUGUCUGUGUGGCCAUGAAGAGUUAGUGCAGUACUUGCUGGCCAAUGGAGCAAAGUGUGAGGCGAACACGUUUGACGGUGAGAGGUGCCUCUAUGGCGCCCUGAGUGAUCCCAUCCGUCGCCUGCUGAGGGAGUACAAGCGCAUAACGGCCAAGGGAAUGCAGCGUGACUACUAUGAUCAGUUCUUGCAGAGGUUGCUAGAACAGGGAUACUGCAGCGACGUGAUGUUCCUGGUUCAUGGCGAGUCUUUCUGCGCUCAUCGCUGUGUUCUCGGUGCGCGCUCAGAGUACUUUGCAGAAAUGUUCGAAACCAAGUGGAAGGGGAAGAAUAUCAUUGCACUCAAACACCCACUGAUAAAUCCUGCAGCAUUUGGAUCAAUUUUGCAGUACUUUUACACAGGCCGGCUGGACAUUGAUGUUAGCUAUGUAGAAGACUGCAAGAGGCUUGCCAAGCAGUGCAAGAUCAAUGACCUCAUUGAGGAACUGGAGAUAAAGUGCAAACAAGUGUACGAGUUUGUGUCCUCCAAGCCUGGGACGUGCGUGAAGGUCUUGAGUCUGGAGCCGGAGAGCAACUGCCAGCUACAAGAAGACCUGGCCAUUCUUGCAGACUGUGCUCUUCCGGCAGAGCUGCGGGUUGGCUAUGGUGAACUCCCCUUUGACAGAACUGACAACUUCCCUAGUUACCCUGAUAUUUGCUUCCGGGUAGAGAGUUACAAAUUCCUGUGUCACAAGGCAUUUUUCUGUGGGCGCAGUGAUUACUUCCGGGCCUUGCUGGACGACCACUUCAGUGAAGGGGAGACGCUGCAGGCUCAGCCCAGCACCCCAGUGCUCACACUGCACAACCUGUCCCCUGAUAUCUUCAUCCGACUGCUGUACUACAUCUACAGCGAUGACACGGAGCUGUCCCUGGAUAACGUGUACGAGGUGCUCUGUGUGGCUGACAUGUACUUGCUGCCGGGACUGAAGCGGCUGUGCGGGAAGUUGCUGGCCCAGACGCUGAGCGAGGACAACGUGCUUCACAUCUGGAAGACGGCCAGGCUCUUUCGCCUUUCACGACUGGAGGACCAGAGCACCGAGUUUAUGGCCAAGAUCAUAGAGAAGCUGGUGGAGGUGCAGGAAUUCGCAGAGAUGAUCCAGGAGGAUGCCCAGGCAGUGGAGGCCCGGCAGGAGACGGACUCCAUCCCGCUGGUGGACGACAUCCGCUUCCACAUCACCAGCAAUGUGCAGACGUACAGUGCCAUUGAGGAGGCCAACCAGAGGCUGGAUGCCCUGGAGCAGCUUCUGGCUAGAAUCGGGCUGGAGUGCUGAGGGCCUGGCGCAGAACACGGGUGGAAACCACCCGCCAGUUUAUUCACAAGGAAUGUAUGCUGAACCGCUUUCUCUGUCUUCAGCAGAACGCAGGUCAUGGGCUCGUAACAGAUUCCCAAGAAGAUGGGAAUUCUGGCGUAGUAUCCAUCGCUUUCUGCAGGUCAAGCAAGCCAUACCCCAGGGCUCACUGUAGCUUUCUUUCAGAUAUAGAGGAAGUGCUAUGUUAUAAUAUAAAGCUUCACUCUACUCUUUAUAUUCUCUUUUGCUUAAGUUAGCAUUUGAAGAAAAUGUUUGGGUCUGCAUUUUGAGUUGAGUUGAGUUGAGUUGAGUUGAGUUGAGUUGAGUUGAGUUGAGUGAGUGAAACAGACGAUGCUUGUUUACCAAGGAAACAGGAAGAUAAUGCCUUAUGCAAAACUCUGUCUUUCUUUUAAUAACUUUCUACUCCGAAUUUGCAUGUAACGAAGGACGUGCUUAACAUACCACACAAUGCCUAGGUGUACAGGGGACUUGUAUAUAAACAGUUUUACACAUUAGCAGUACAAAGCGAACGUAUGGGAUACAAUCAGCAAGUUAAUUUUUUUUAUAUUCAUCAUGAGCUGAAACUUAACAUUCAAUUGUUUAAUCAGGCAGUUAACAUUAAUUUGUAAUAUUGUAUUGCGACGUUGCAUAUGCAUGUGUAUCUGCUGAGGUACAAAAUGAAUGAUUGUCUUAUUUUGUUUUCAUAAUUCAGGAAAACAUUACCUAUUACCUAUAUUUGGAAUGAAUUUAACUUGCCGCCCUCUUCCUUAACAGCUUUACACAUCAUGUCAUUCCAGUUUAAAUUGCUCCUUGACAUUUAUCGCCAUGGAAACGGCAGCACCGAUGAUGGCAUGUCUGACACUUUGCAGUAUGGUUUCCAUGACAAAGUGCAAUAUUUACUUUUCUCAGCACUUAAAGUACCCAAAAAAUUUCCAAAAAAUAAAAUCCUGACUUUUUGUGGUUUA